UCAGCUACUUUUUUCUCUUCUCAUAUGUUUCCUUUGUUAUCAAAACAAAACAAAAGUGACAGAUUUCAUUUCAGGCACACUGAUAACGUGGAAGAUUAUAGAUCAUCUUCUAAAGAGAAACUAAUAAUAUAAGAUAGAAAAAGAAUAAAAAAAAAAGAAAAAAAGAAAAAUGUCUCUUCAUUCUCCAUUGAUCGUUGAAGAAACAAAACAGAAAAGGAAGGAAGAAAAUAAAAGAAAAUUGAUUGAAGAAGUGAAAAAACAGUUAUGGCUAUCAGGACCGUUAAUUUGUGUUUCUUUUUUGAAUUUCGCUAUCGAUCUCAUUUCAGUUAUGUUUGUUGGUCAUCUUGGUGAGUUACCUCUUUCUGCUGCUUCCAUGGCUACUUCAUUUGCUACUCUCACUGGUUUCAGUUUAUUGAUGGGAAUGGCAAGUGCAUUGGACACAUUAUGCGGACAAUCUUACGGUGCAAAGCAAUACCACAUGUUAGGCAUACACACGCAGAGAGCAAUGUUCAUUCUCAUGAUCGCCGCGAUUCCCCUCGCGAUUAUUUGGGCUAACACAAGAUCCAUUCUCAUUUUACUUGGCCAAGAUCCUGAAAUAUCCACAGAGGCAGGAAACUAUGCUAAGUCAAUGGUUCCAUGCCUUUUUGCUGAUGGUCUUCUACAAUGCCUAUACAGAUUCUUGCAGACUCAAAAUAUUGUAUUUCCAAUGAUGUUUUGCGCCGUGGUUACGACGUUACUUCAUAUUCCUCUAUGCUGGAUUAUGGUUUACAAGUUUGGAUUAGGUGGCAGAGGGGCUGCUAUAGCAAUUUCAAUGUCUUUUUGGUUGAAUGUUAUUAUACUCUCACUUUAUAUUAAGUUUUCUCCUUCAUGUAAGAAUACUUGGCAUGGCUUUUCCAAGGAGGCACUAGCACUUAACAAGAUCCCUAUUUUCUUGAAGCUUGCCAUUCCUUCAGCUCUAAUGGUUUGCUUGGAAAUGUGGUCUUUUGAGUUAUUAGUUCUGCUUUCUGGUCUUCUUCCGAAUCCGAAGUUGGAAACAUCAGUGAUCUCUAUUUUUUUGAAUACAGAAGCAGCUAUUUGGAUGAUUCCAUUUGGACUUAGUGAAGCAAUAAGCAUUCGUGUUUCGAAUGAACUCGGGGCUGGUAAUCCACAGGCCACACGUUUGGCAGUGUGUGUUGUUGUGGUGAUUGCCAUUAUAGAGAGCAUUUUAGUCGGAACAGUGAUAUUUCUUAUACGCAAUAUAUUGGGCUAUGCUUAUAGUAACGAAGAAGAAGUUGUCAAAUAUGUAGCAACUUUGUUGCCAAUUCUUGCCGUAUCCCACUUCCUCGAUGGAAUGCAAUGUGUUCUAUCAGGCACGGUUAGAGGAUGUGGUUUGCAAGAAAUUGGUGCUUAUGUUAAUCUGGGAGCAUACUAUUUAUUUGGGGUUCCAGUGGCCGUUGUAUUAGCUUUUGUAUUGCAUUUCCAUGGGAAGGGCCUGUUACUGGGGAUGAUAUGUGCAUUCAUUGUUCAAGUACUCGCUCUAAUGAUCAUUACAAUACGCACGGAUUGGGAGAAAGCGACAAAGAACGCUUCUGAUAGAGUCAACGAUUCUAUAACAAGUGAGAGCUUAGUCUCGUGAAGAAUAUGGUUUUUGUUUUGUUUUCUCGUUGUAUUUUGUUUUCUUGUUUCCUUUUAAUGUAAUGUUGAGUGAAAAGAAUGUGUGUUGUUUAUGAAAGUUACUACGAUGACAGUGCAUAAGUGAUUAAUCUCUCUAGGUAUGUUG